CGAAAGCGAUAGGCCAACCUCCACUUCCGCGCGCCCGCGCCAACGGUGCAUACAUACACGCAGCGCGCGCGCGCACGCACGAAGAGGAGAGUACAAAGAAGACAGAGGCGGGCGCCGUGUCGUGGUGCACGGAAGUCAUGGACGGCUCCGGCGGCGGGUGCAAGAAGCUGAAGCACAGGCUCGCUGCCAUCCUCUCGGUCUUCACCAGGCGCGCGGGCGGCAGGAAGCGCCGCGACGAGGAAGGGGCUCCGCCGACGCCGCCGCCUCCGCUGGCAUUCCCAUCUUACUCCCGCGUCGGAGGUGUAGGCGGCGGCAAGAAGGUGGCUGCGGGGAAGCACGAGCGCCGGCUGUCCUUGUCGAUGCCGCGCCCGCCACCGCUGGUCCACAUCACCAUCGACUGCGCCGGCCGCCGCUCCGUCGACGCGGCGGACCCGUCCCUCCUCGCGCCGCUUGACGUGGACGCCAGGAAGGUGGAGAGGCGGCUCACGGAGACGGGGCUCCCGUACGAGACCGGCGAGUGGGAAGGUCGCAAGUGCCCGCCCUCCACGCCUUUCUUCGCGCCGCCGCUGCCGCCGCUGACGAGAUGGAAGGAGCGGGCGAGCGUCUCGUCGCGCAGGCUCUCGACGCAUUCGUCGCGGAGGCUGAUGAGCAGCUCGUCCUCCGACGACGAGUACGACGAGGACUCGAGGAACCUCUUCUCCUCGAGGAGCUUCUCCUCCGACUCGUCGGACUUCUACAACUGCCCGCGCAAGAACACCAGGGCACGCGCCUCCGUGUCCGGCCCGUGCCGCGCGCCGCCACCGCCAUCGCGUCGCGGCACGUCGCAGAGCUGCCGGUACAGCUUCGAGCUGCCGCGCGGCUCGACGGCUUCUGCCGCCACGGACGGCGGGUUCGCGGUGGUGAAGCGGUCGUCCGACCCCUACGAGGAUUUCCGCAAAUCAAUGGAGGAGAUGAUCGCCGAGGGGGCGGCGUGCGGCGACGGCGACGGGGAGCUCAGCGCGGAGCGGCUGCUGGAGACUUACCUCGUGCUGAACUCGCCGCGGCAUUACCCCGCGAUCCUCACGGCGUUCGCCGACGUGCGGGAGACGCUCUUCCCCUGAACCCGGCAACCGAUCGGCCGGCACCGGCGUUAUGUUAAUAGGACUAACCAACCAUGUCAGUAGCACAAGAGUCGUGCCGUUGAGCCUGUGACUUCCUGUGUGUGUACUAGCAUGAAUGCAUCGUUUGUGUCAUUUCACCGC